CCUGGUAGGCAGGAUGAGGCCUGGAAGCAGCCUGGGAUUUGCUGCCUUUUGCUGGAUUCUUGGGGGGGUUGUUUCUUACAACCCCUGGGGUUUCUUUAGAGGGGAGCUGGAUACGCAGCGCUAUGGAGGGGGCUUUUCCUCCGGGCGGUCCCGUGCCUUGGCCCAGGCCUCCCCCUGGGCUUGGGUGGAUGUUUCUCAGCUCCAGGCCGCRUCCCCGCAGCACCCGGUGACCGUGCGGUGCCAGGAGGCCCAGCUGGUGGUCACRGUGCACAGGGACCUCUUUGGCACGGGGCGCCUGGUGAGGGCUGCGGAGCUGAGCCUGGGCCCGGCCGCCUGCGCGGCYGSGAGCGCCACCGACAGCGCCGUGACCUUCGUGGCCGGGCUGCACGAGUGCGGCAGCACCCUCAGGCUGACCCCCGAUACGCUGGUCUACAGUACAGUCCUAAACUACAACCCAGCCCCUGCUGGCAACCCGCUCAUCAUCCGCACCAGCGCUGCUGUGGUUCCCAUUGAGUGCCACUAUCCAAGGAGGGAGAACGUGAGCAGCAAUGCCAUCAAGCCCACGUGGGUGCCGUUCUACUCCACUCUCUCCUCGGAGGAAAGACUGGCCUUUUCCCUGCACCUCAUGGAUGAUGACUGGGGUGCGGAGAGACCCUCCAAUGUGUUUCAGCUGGGAGAGGUCCUCCACUUCCAAGCUGGUGUUGAUGCAGAGAACCAUGCCCCUCUCAGGCUCUUUGUGGACAGCUGUGUGGCUACCCCAAGCCCAGACAGGAACUCCUUUCCUCAGUAUUCUUUCAUUGACUUUAGUGGAUGCCUGGUUGAUGGGCAGCUGGAUGAUGCCACCUCAACUUUUAUCUCCCCAAGACCCAGGCAAGAUGUGCUUCAGUUUGUGGUAGAUGCAUUCAAGUUCACAGGAAACUCCAGUAACCUGAUCUAUAUUGUCUGCCACCUGAAGGUCACCCUGGCUGACCAAGCUCCAGACCCUCUGAACAAGGCUUGCUCCUUUGACAAAGCCAGAAGCCUCUGGGCUCCUGUAGAAGGCACUGGGGAUAUCUGCUCCUGCUGUGAGGUGAGGAAUUGUGGCUCAGCUGCACRCUCCAGGAGGCUUCGUGGUGCUUCCCAGAGGCAAGGAGGACGCUUCAGGAGAGAAUGGUCCUCCCAGCCUGAUCCUUUGCAAGAAGCAGAUGUUGUGGUUGGGCCCCUCCUCAUCCGUAGCUGGCAGGAUCACUCGGUCCUGAGGAUGCCUUCCCAAGAUCCAAAAAUUUCCUUCUGGAUGAUGUUGGGACUGGUUGCAGUCGCUGGUCUUGUCGUUCUGAUCCUUGCUGCUCUAGGAGCUCUGACUAUCUGCCGGAGAUCCAGCAACCCCAUUUAAAUCACUGUUUUCAACUUUUAAAGAUUGUCCAAUAAUAAUUAUAAUAAUAAAAAGAAUAACCUGAAGGACUGAGAUGCUUUUGGUUGGGUGGAGAGCUCUGCUGGGGCCUGAGUGACCUGGAUUCUGAURUUAACUUGAAUGGUCUGUGCCCUUCUGCUUCCCUGAAUCUCAUUUGGGUCUCAGUACUCACCUGAAGUCCUACCUUGAGCAGAAUUUUGUGCAACCUGUUGGAGGAACUGGGAGCCCCUGGCUUGUGACCGCUGCAUGUGUUCUUUUUCUUAGAAUCACGCUAUUGCAUUUAGCCUUAGCACACUUUGCCUGCCUCUGGAGCCAGCUGGGUUUGCUCUGUACUGGUAAAUAUUCACUUCUGCUGAAGUGGAAGGCGUUUAAAGCUGGAGGGAGCUCAGGAUUUUGUAAAACUUUGAGCAUAUGUAGGCUUGUUCCUUAAACAAGGCAAGCAGCCWGUCUCAUAGCAGUGCUCAAGACUGUAAUUGCAUCCUUAAGGAAAACUGCU